AUGGCUGCGUCGAACCCUACCAGCAGCGGGCCUAAUUCACCAUACACUGUGUCUGGAGACAAGCCAACGGUCAUCGACCCCAACAUAAGGUUUCCCCGUCGACUCCUUACACUGGUCACCAUCACGACUCUACUCAAUGCUUUGCUUUGGAGCUCGGUGAUUUGCCUUGCCUCCUCUGUAUAUCAGGUCGCAUCUGACCCCAACGAUAUAACAAACAUCGCGCCAGUGGUGUUGACUUCAACAUCAGCUCUUGCCUCGAUAUUCUACACUAUCGUUCACACAGUCUUCUCGUUCAAGCAGAGGGAAUGGUCUCUGAAUCAAAGCCGUGUGUCUACUAUCAAAGAGACUACUUAUGUAGCCGUACGCAUGGUCGUCGCAUUAUGCGCUCUUUGGCUUCUGACCACCGGAUGGAACAUGAUUAUCGUAGCGCGAAGGCCGAUAUGUGAGCAGUCAGGACCACCAGGGCUACAGACCUGGGAGUACGGGCCAAGAUGCCACGUGAGCCGAGUGGGCAUUGCCUUUGCUGUAAUCGCAUUAGUUGCAUCAUUCAUUCUCUUCGGGGUUUUAGCCACAGUCAGACGCCCCUUCGAAGCACACAUAUUCAAGCAUGGGUUUCAGCGAUUCCAUCAUUCGUUUCCAGACUCCCACAAGUCAUCUCCUAUGAGACGUACUUCUAUUGCGUCCGAGAAAAUCCCACUUGGCAGUGGUCCUUCGGUGUCAACAUUCAGAACAUUUGAAUACAAUCUCUCAGAUGCAUGUGUUGAUACGAUAGAUUGGAACUAUCGGCUACCAGACUCAACAAUCCAUACUCCGUCGCCGGUCCGAUCACUCGGGUUGGGCAUCUUCACUUCAGACUCUCUCCCACCUCCUAUUCCGUCUGCCUAUGCAACCCAGUCACCACUGCAACCGGUGGGCACCUUCUCACACUUACCCUACUCUUUAGCAUCUCAACACUCCCUGACACGCCCUCCUCGUCUUUCCGGACGCAGUCGGAGUUCAAGCAUUGCAUCCUCGAUAGUACCGGCGGAGUUCUCGGCGUCCACGAUACGCGCUGUUCACCCACCUCAGUCCUCAAUAGGCCUCGUAUCGCGCUCUCAUCAACACCUGCCCGGCGUAGGCUCUGCUCAUCGCAAACAGUAUGCGAGAUCGACCAUCUCACUUACACGGCCGCGACGUUUGAGUUCUGUCACACCAGCAGGCAGUGUAGGAUGGAGUUCAAGAAGUGGCUCGAUUGGAUCUGACAGGCUCUACAGUCUGAGUUCAACAGAGGGCGGCGCGGUUUGCAAUAAGUCGGUUCCCGAAAUCGCGAAUACUGCUCAGCAUAGCGCAGGCAGGACCGAGAGUAGUACCACAAGCCUCGGGAAAACCGUGCGCUCAUGCAGCGCCCCAGCUUCAGAUGCUCCAGGUGGUGCUGACCAUCCUAGCCAGCCCAGUCGAAUGGCCAUGGGCUGGAAGCCCCAGCUAGCAGAUCAAACAAAUCUCCGAGCCCAAAGUAAAGCAGAAUUCGAGUCAAACAAGCCAUUCCGAUUGCGUCGGUCUACAUCAGCAGGUUUCCUGAGGAACUUCAGUCCCGACGUUAGUCCUUUAGACGAGGAAAUUUCAUUCAGCGACGUAUACGGGCGAGCACUUGACGCAGCAUCCCCGGCAGAUGAGACCUCUCCAACGCAACGCUCCUGGUCCGAUGGCGCUAUGAGACGGCAUGCAGAUGCAACUACAGGGGCGGUUGAUCCUGCACAGGCAGCAGCGGUAAUGCUGAGCAAGAUGCCUGAGGAUAUACGACUGCGUGGUAGUACAUCAUCUGGGGCGCUGAUAGUGAAGAAGAGCAGAUUCGACGACGUGAAGAACAAGCCGUUACCAAGGAUUGCCUAUCUUUAA